AUGGACCAUGCCAUUGAGCAAGACCUCAAGUUGGAAGAGCUCUUCGCCAACGAGAGACGACGAAACGAAGAAGCGCGGAAGAGAGCGCAAAUGCAAGCUUCCAACCCACCAUCACAACCGUCCACCAUCACAAUACCGGCCAACUGGAAGCUCCGCCUAACAGCCGCCCUCGCAUACCUCGCAGCAUUCCCAGCGGGACAUAGCUGGUCGUUCGAUAAGAACCGGGACUUUCUUCGAGGGAUGUAUGAAGAGGUCAAGGUGCUGUAUCUUUUGAGGGAGAGCGAUGCGCUGAAAAUUUCGGCGCUUGUGGCGAAUCUGGAGAUUGAGCUCAUGACAUUUGAGGGGAAUCCGGCGUGCGGAAGAAGGUGUGUGGAGGCGGUUGAGCUUGGGAUAAAACAUCUGAAGUGUAUCGUAAACUUUCAGUGA